AUGCCUGUGACUCUAGUAGACAGGUUGCCCUUGCCGAAUCUCAAGGUUUAUUCGGCGGGAAGUGUUUUACUGUUGUCGAUAGCUGUGUAUUUUGCUGUGAAUGUGACGAGUGAUCCGAACUGGAAACUGAACGCGACUUUGCAAAAGCAGGAGUCAAUCUCAGGGAGUGUGGAAGGUGAAGCAGCAAAGAUGGUGCAACCACUGGUGUCCGCUUCCACUGAACUCUCAAAUAAUGUUACGAAAAAUGUUACCGAUCAGUUCGUCGAAGUAAUGACUUUUAUGAUGCAGGAGCCGCUGUGUAUGUGGACACUUAUCAAUAUGGCGUAUUGUUCGCUGGCGUUGUUCGGCUUCUUCAUCCAGAGACUGGUCUUCGGCAAGCUUCGGGUGGCCGAAGCCCAGCGGGUGAAGGACAAAUUCUGGAACUACGUGUUCUACAAGUUCAUCUUCGUGUUUGGCGUCCUCAACGUACAGUACAUGGACGAGGUGCUGCUGUGGUGCUCCUGGUUCACACUGGUCGGCUUCCUGCACCUGCUCGGACAGCUCUGCAAGGACAGGUUUGACUACCUGUCGUCAUCUCCGAGCGCAGAGCGCUGGGCACACACGCGGCUCCUGUGCCUGCUGGUGGGCAUCCUGUGCGCGGCCGCGGCGCUGCUGGCGGCGGCGGUUGCCUGGGGCCUGCCCGUCGGCAAGGACACCUUCGCCUUCAUGGCGGCCGAGUGCCUACUGGUGGGCAUCUCGGCGCUGCACGUGCUGGCGCGCUUCGGGCUGCGCGCGCGGGAGGCGGAUGCGGCCGGCCCCGCCGCAUACUACACGCAUUUAGCUUUCGAUGCGGCGGCGCUGGUGACGGAGACGUGCCACGUGGCGCACAUGGUGGUGUACAGCAACGUGGUGGUGUCGAUGGCGUCCGUGGUGCUGCUGAUGCAGCUGCGCCACCUGCUGCACGCGCUGCUGGCGCGCCUGCGCCGCCACCGCCUCUACGCCGCGCUCGCCGACCACAUGAGCCGCAAUUACCCGAUGGCGAGCGCCGAGGAAGUGCGCAAGAACGAGGAUAACUGCGCCAUCUGCUGGGAGCCGAUGAAGGAGGCGCGCAAGUUGCCCUGCGCGCAUCUCUUCCAUAACUCGUGCCUGUGCCGCUGGGUGCAGCAGGACGCGUCGUGCCCCACGUGCCGGCGCGCGCUGACGGCGGCGCCCGACGCGCCGCGCGCGCCGCUUACGCCGCUGUCGCCGCUCGCGCCCCUGCAAGCCGGACCCAACAACCAUCUCUUCCAUUUUGAUGGCUCCCGCUACGUAUCGUGGUUGCCUAGCUUCUCUGUGGAGGUGACGCGCGUGCGCGAGGCGGGGUUGGGGGCGGGGGUGGGCGGCGCCGCGCUGGACGCCAUGGCGGCGCAGGUGCAGCAGCUGUUCCCGCAGUUCCCGCGCGCGCUGCUGGCCGCCGACCUGGCGCGCACGCGCUCGCCCGACCUCACCGUCGACAACAUCCUCGAGGGCCGCCUGCGCGCUCCGCCCGCCCCGCCCGCCGCCCUCGCACCGCCCGCCGCGCCCGCGCCGCCCCCGCCGCCGUCCGCCGCCGCCGCGCCCGCCGCGCCUGACGACGGGUCGUCAUCGGAAGCGGAAGGCGCGCAGUUCUCGGCGAGCGCGGCGGAGCGCGAGGCCACGCUGCGGCGCCGCAAGGACGCGCUGCUGGCGGCCGCGCGGCGCCGCUACCUGCAGCGCGCGGGCGCGGGGGCGGGCGCGGGUGGCGCCAGC